AUGGUCAAGCGAAGCAAGCUUAUCCAGGCACUUGACGCCCACAAGGGCCGUGACUAUGAAGCUGAGAAGCAGAAGAAGAUGGUGAAGGCUGCAGAGAAGAAGAAGUUGGCGAAGAAGGCUGCAGCUGGUGAAGAGGACGACGACGAGGUUGAGGAGGUGGAUGAGGAAGAGGAGGAAGCGAUCCCAGACGACGAUGAGGUCGAGGAAGACGAAGAAGACGAAGAGGAAGAGGAAGAGGAGGAAGAUAUUCCACUGUCCGACCUGGAAGAAGACGAGCGCGAGGAUGUCGUCCCCCACCAACGCCUGACCAUCAACAACUCCGCCGCCAUCACCUCCUCCCUCAAGCGCAUCUCCUUCAUCUCGUCCCAGACCCCGUUCUCCGAGCACAACUCUCUCGUCUCGCAAGAGCCCAUUGAAGUCCCCGACCCCAAUGACGACCUCAGCCGUGAACUGGCAUUCUACAAGGUCUGCCAGGCAGCCGUGGUCAGUGCCCGCGGCCUGCUCAAGAAGGAGGGCAUUCCCUUCACCCGGCCGGGUGACUACUUCGCCGAGAUGGUCAAGAACGACGAGCACAUGGGCAAGAUCAAGAAGAAGCUCUACGAUGAGGCGGCUGGGAAGAAGGCGGCCGCCGAGGCCCGGCGCCAGCGCGACCUGAAGAAGUUUGGAAAGCAGGUCCAGGUUGCCAAGUUGCAGCAACGUGCGAAGGAGAAGCGGGAUACCUUGGAGAAGAUCAAUUCCUUGAAGAAGAAGCGCAAGGCCGACUCCUCUGCUCCCACCGAUGACACUGGUGAUCUCUUCGACGUCGCCAUCGACGAUGCCAAGGAGGCCGAGAGCCGCAAGCGCGGCCGCACCGGCGGCGACGGCGCGCCCAAUUUCAAGCGCCACAAGAAGGACUCGAAGUUCGGGUUCGGAGGCAAGAAGCGCCAUGCUAAGAGCGGUGAUGCGCAGUCCAGUGGUGAUCUGCGCGGGUACUCUCAGAAGAAGAUGAAGGCCGGUGCAUCGAAGCGGCCGGGUAAGGCCCGGAGAGCGGCGGCGAAGGGCCGUUCUUGA